UAAUACAGGUAACGAGUAAAGGACAGAGGAGCCUCUUAAAGAAGAAGUUACUGGUCUGUGAAAGACAGAAGUCUUGCUUGUUUGUAGUUUACCAAAUACUUCUUUUACAGAGGACUUUACCAAUUAAUUCAUUAGAAAUCCUACAAUUUCCCUGAUUAUUGUUUGCCCCAUUCUGUCUCUCAUAGUAGAAGUGUACCUAUGAUGAAAAUUAGGAAAGUUUGAUUUUGAAGACUUUUACCCUAACUUGAUGACUUCAUGAUAUACUUUCCAAAACACCUGCUCUUGGAGUCUGCUCUUUGUUGUGACAAAGGUUGUCCUAUCUGCUUACCACGGUCUCAUUUGCAUGACCAGACGAGACGUGCGUCUAUGUCAGCAGCUUUCAGUCGUCUCUGCAGUCAUUUCCGUCAUGCUCCACUUCCUCUUCUUCUCUGUGGUUAGCCCCAACAACGACACAGUGACGCCAUUCCCUCUGCCUCUUGUAUAAAACUUUCCGUCGCUUCACCAAACGGUUGCGGAGCCGGACGGUGUCACUUGACUCGCUGAAAACGGUGCAACGUACGCGAAAAGAUGUGCACGAAAAUGCCAAGUUCUGCAUCGAUGCAAUGCCGCGUGACGCGUGCAGGCUCAUCGCCCCUGAGAGAGACGCUCCUUGGCGGGGACACACCAGCAACAGAGAGAGAAAGAAACGUCAAGUUUCAACUUCAAUGCAGAUCAUCUAAAGCAUCCGGCACUGAGGGACUUUGUUUUGAAGAACUGUCCCAGUGGUCACAAUCCCUGGAGAGACUCAUGGCAUCAAAGUAUGGAAUGAAGAUAUUCCAGGCUUUCCUGAAGUCCGAGUUCAGCGACGAAAACAUGGAGUUUUGGCUGGUGUGUGAGGAAUUCAAGAAAAUUAGGUCCUCGUUCAGGACGACAUGCAGGGCUAAAAAGAUCUUCAAACGUUACAUCCAGGCCGAGGCACCGAGAGAGAUCAACAUUGAUCACAAGACCAGGGAGCUGAUCCGACGCAGCCUUAAGUCUGGUGGCACAGGGUGCUUUGAUGAGGCCCAGAGGAUGGUCUACGGACUAAUGGAGAGGGAUUCCUACCCCCGAUUCUUACAGUCAGACGUAUACCAGGCUUUUCUGGAAUCUGUUUCCAAAUCCGUGGCAAUGUGAAGAACUUACAUGCCAGGCGGGACUGUAACCGACAGAGCACUUCUGUGGUAAGUACUUGUUCAGAACCAGCUGGGGUGAUACACAUGAACGUGUGCGGGAGUUGGCCACCAACCUGAAGACAAACAAUCCUAAGAUCUUGGAGACACAUCCCGAAAUGAUCCUGACCAAAGAUGCAUUCUUCUGUAUGAACACUCACCUUUUCACCUGCCAAGUCUUGCAGGAGUCAGUCAGUGUUUGCAAAGAUAAAAUUGCUCAUCACUAAUGUGGCGUAGCACACCCUGGAAGAUCUUCCCAAUAGUCUCUUACCAUAUUUCAAGGCAGAUUAUUUGAUGCAUGUCUUCUAUUGUGUUGUGUAGGCUGCCUACUUUGCUCCAAGUUCCAAAAUAUAACAAGAACUAACGUUGCCUCAGUAAGGAAAGCAGCCAUUGGCUGUCCUCAAAGUCGCCAGAUGACGGCAUGGCUUGAUUUGCAUAAUUUAGGAGGGAGAAAUAAAGUUUUUUUUACCUGUA